AUGCCCUUUAUUGGAGCGUCGCACACGUCGAACGAUAUCUUCAGGCAUCUGAAAGAAAAACACGCCAUCGGGGGCGGGCAUGCGGGUGUUUCGGUGGCGUCGUCGGUGACGUCGAUGGAGGCAGACACUCCGGAGCGGUACGCCACGAGCGGCAGCGCUAGCAGUGCUCUGGAGGAAAAACUGGAGGCCGUUUCCCGGGGGGACGAUAAGGCACCGGGAAACCUGAACGCGCCCAAACUGCGGAGCGUCUCGGUGUCGUCAGCCGCAAGCCAUGGCCAAGAGCUGGAUACGCAAGAGCUGCUGACCUUCCCCAAUGAGUCAACCCACGCGUAUUCGUAUAAUCCUUUGUCGCCGAAUUCGCUGGCGGUGCGUCUUUCCAUUUUAAAGCGUUCGUUAGAAAUUAUGAUUAAGAACCCCUCACUCCUGAGAGACACGACUAGCUCAGAUGACAUAGCUCCCUUGCCAUCGAUUGUCUCAAGAUACAGUAUGGAUAGAACCUACUCUGCAUCGGUGAAGCGGUCUCCAAUGGACCAGCCCCCGCAGCAGCUACGGAACGCAUCUUCCGCGGCUCUCUCUGCGUUAUUUAACGGGCCUGUGGCUACCACGGUACCAUCAAGCCAGAGUCUGGAUACGCAGAGCCCCCCAAUGCUGUCACCGUCACUAGGAACGUUGCCUGCUUAUUCGGCGAGCGGCAGCUACCCGUUCAGGCAGCAGCAAUUGGGCACUCUGCCGAUAGCAUGGGAGAUAGGGAGUGAUACUUCGGACAGUCCGGAGACUGCCUCAGAGUUGGAAGUAAGAAGAUUUUUUCAUGAGUCGCCCUCGCUGGCGUCUUUACCCGAGCCACCGCAGCAGCAACCUCCUCCGCAGUCGAUAUAUGACCAUCAUCCAAGUCAUAGCUCGGAGUUUAUCUGCGAGAAAAAGAGAGAACUCGAAGGGCUGUUGACGCUGUUGAAUGAUACACUAGAGAACAAGGAUAAUGAUAAGGCAUCUGAUUUACUGAUGAUAUCCCUCUUAAACAUCAAUAAGCUGUCGCUUGGGGUCAGCACCAACGCGGAUGGCGUAGAUCCUGCGAAGAAAGUCAGUAAUGAGCAAGAACUAAAGAAGCAGCUGCUUGAAAGCUUAGCCCAACCAUUUCAUGAAUAUUCAACACAGGAAACUACUAUACAGGCCUCGCAGGACGAAAAUUAUCUCCAACCAUUUACCGAUGAACUAACAUCUAUCCAGGAUCCGAUAGACUACAGCAGAACGUACGAAGCGCCCCGCAUACUGCAUACUUUUAUAUCAGGUAAGUACACAGCACCUCAGGCCAUAUUUACCUGUUCCCAGCAUCACCCAUGGCAGUUUAGGGCGGCUAACGAUUUGGCAUGCUUAAUCUUCGGUAUCUCCAAAUUGGCAUUUAAGGCGCUUACUUUACUUGACCUGAUACACACCGACAGCAGGAGCUUUGUCCUUAACAAGAUUAUGUCUACAGAGGGCCAAGAACAAGUAUUCACAGGUGAAAUAGUAGGCGUCAUACAACCAGGCGUCACAUCGCUGUCGUCUCCUGCUUCAGCUGCAUCGUCAGCAUCCUCGCAUACACAGAAAUUCAUUUGGGCGUCCAUGUGGGCAAAGCGUAAGAAUGGCAUGAUCGUCUGUGUCUUUGAAAAGGUGCCCUGUGAUUACAUGAACGUAAUGUUAAAUUUAGACGACUUCUCCGUGCGGGAUAUCUCCGGAGGAGAAGGCUUACAAUUGCAGCCGGAGAUCACAUCGUCUAUACCACCACCCACCAUCACGCCGAAAACCAAAAGCGUGAAGUUUGCCAAUGAGAUCAAUGAUGUAGCAGCCAUCAGUCGUUCAUUGGCCAACCUUAUUGAGAAAGUGAAGUCUGGAGAACUCCUGAAUAAACAUGAUGAUUUGUUACCGGUACCAGUUCGCGUGAACGAUCAUAUCAAUACAGUACGGUACUUCACGUUAAAUCAUCUAUCCAUCAAUAUUCCAUGUGCUGUUACUUCAUCAAUUUUGGAGGACGAUUUGAAGUUACAGAUACACAGCUUACCAUACCAAGCCGGCAUGUUUAUUGUGAACUCUAAGACACUACAACUAAUAAGUUUCAAUAAAUCAAUUUCCAAAAACAUGUUCGGUCUACAUUACAUUGAACUAAUAAAUCAACCGAUUACAAAGAUCAUCCCGUCUUUUCCAAGUUUGUUGAAAUACAACAACACUAUGUAUCCCCAUUUGAACAUCAAUCUAUCCAAGAAUAAAGGUCUAGUACUUACAGAGCAUUAUUUCAGGAAACUUCAGAGCCAAAUGAACAGGAGUGCAGAAGAUUUUUACAGCUCUAUAGGUAUUGACGCUGUCCAUAGGGAUGGUUGCACCAUCAAAGUUGACAUUCAACUUCGCGUUCUAAACAUGUCGCAUAUAUUGCUAUGGAUAACUCACUCGAGGGACGUGUUUUUUAAAAACUACAAUACAAAUCCAUCGCAGUUGAAGAUUCUAAAUGAAAGAGAGAUAGCCACUAUUAGCAGUGGGACAAACUCAGCAACGUCCUCUAAACACACCACUGAUAAAUUUAAGCUUGAAGAAUUGAGUAAGCUGAAAUCAGAACUACAGACACUAACGUUGCAUAUUGAUGGUCGGGAAUCCAACUCUAACGCAGUAGCGAAGUCAGAAUGCGUUCUUUCUGAUGAUAUGUCCACUGCUGUUGCCGAGGAAACUGAUGUCAAUACCACCACAAGCAGCAUGGCCGUGCAGGCUAAAGAUUCAAUGAUGUCCACUGACUCUUGUAGCAAAUGGGAAAUUGCCAAAAAGUACACACAAGAUAAGUCGCAAUUUGUCAGCGACGAUAACUUCAAGGUGGAUGAGAAUCUGAUACUACACACCAAUUCCUCUUUCCGAGAAGGCAGUGAUUCUCCUUUACGUCCUCUCAAUAGUGAAAGCAGCGCAUCUUUCGAUAACUCGAAUAUUGCCCCGGAGCGCGAGAUCGGUGCCUCUAAGCAUGUUACCAAAUUUUCUGACUUCACGGUAUUACAAAAAAUGGGAGAAGGUGCUUAUGGGAAGGUCGAUCUAUGCAUGCAUAAGAAGGAGAAGUAUGUGGUAGUCAUUAAGCUCAUUUUUAAGGAGCGGAUUCUAGUAGACACAUGGGUAAGAGAUAGAAAAUUAGGGACCAUUCCCUCAGAGAUACAGAUCAUGGCUACAUUAAACAAAAAACCCCAUGAGAACAUCAUGCGCCUGCUUGACUUCUUUGAAGAUGAUGAAUACUAUUACAUCGAGUCUCCAAUGCAUGGUGAAACGGGCUCCAUCGAUUUAUUCGAUUUGAUCGAGCUAAAGACCAACAUGACUGAGCACGAGGCAAAACUGCUCUUUAAGCAGGUAGCCUCGGGACUAAGACACUUGCACGAAAACGGCAUAGUGCAUAGGGACAUCAAGGACGAGAACGUGAUCGUCGACAACAGAGGCCGGGUGAAAAUAAUUGACUUUGGCUCCGCUGCUUACGUGAAAAGAGGUCCUUUUGAUGUUUUUGUUGGCACUAUUGACUACGCCGCCCCAGAGGUUCUCGGCGGUGAUCCGUACGAAGGCAAACCCCAAGACGUCUGGGCGGUCGGCGUUCUGCUCUACACUAUCAUCUACAAGGAGAAUCCCUUCUACAACAUUGACGAAAUCCUAGAUGGUGACUUGCGUAUCAGCCCAGCAGUUGUAGUGAGCGAGGAGUGCGUGGCCUUAAUCACCCGUAUUUUAAACCGUUCUGUCAACCGCAGGCCGACAGUGGACGAUAUCUGUGGUGACAAGUGGCUUGGUAUUUGA